CAUAUCCAGACCGAAAAGUGUGUCUCGUACGAGGGCCUACACGUCAGGGCCUGAAUAUGGAGGAAUAAAAACACACCUAUGCGGUAUAAAUGCUUACCUGCUACCUUGCAGGUCGUCGUGUCUCCAAGCCGUGCCUGUCUGCGAACGUGAACAGUGCCUCACUGGAUUACCCCGGGAUUGCCUGAAAUUGGACAGCUGUAGGCACAAUGGACAGAACCUUGUAACAGGAAAUUAAGAUGGCAGUAACUGGCCCAGAACACUGUCAACACUUAAUGACGAGAAUACUGAAAGAGGACGGUUGGGCACGAGUGCAGGCAUAUGUGCAGCAUUGCAGUAGUGUUCACUUUGCCUUAAAUAUAUAGUACGUGUACUUUUACCUGUACCAUUGUCCUGUACAUAUAUGUUUGCACUUUUCUCUGGAUUUCAACUGAAUUCUUGUGCCAUGGUUGGACGCCCCACCUGAGGGUUAAAAGGAUUGUUUGUAAAGAAGUGUGCAACGCUUGAGUGGACGGCUAUUUGGUUAUUGGGACAUUCUGGCUGUUGCAUCCUAGUGCUGUGAUAGUGGUCCAGUGAAGUAACCUGGUACCGGUAUGUCCCAAGGAUUCUCUGGUGUCACUUCAGCUACAAAAGAUGACGCAGUGCUUGCUAUUACACGUAGGAAUAUGGGAAACGAGAACACCAAACAUGGGGAUGGUGCAUCGGCACUGCCACCCAAAGCAAAAGAUCAACAUGCUCGACGAGGUCCAGAUGGGACAAAUGGGACCGCUGAUGCGCCCGGUACUUUGCCAGUCUUGCCAAGUAGCAAUGAACAGACCCUAGGCAGUGUUGAAGAUAUGGUCAGGUUGCCAAGUGGUGUGAAGAAAAUGCAGCAGGGAGAUGGAAAUACAUGUAGAUCUUGCGAUGGACAUCUCCCUGUUGGGUGUGUGCAUAGUGAAAAUGGGGAGGAUAAGAGUACACCUGCCCAGCAAGGGCAAGUAGAGACGAACAAUGACACACCACUGUCUGACCCCCAUAUGAGCCCAAAUUCAGGAGGGGGUAACCCGAGCUGGGAUAAACAUCUGAAAUCGGACGAGAGAACGGCAGAACUGGGGCAGAAACAAUCAUCGGGCACUGCAACCCAAUCUGGCAAUCAAACCCAGCCAUUGCCAUUGGCAAACUUGGGUACAGGAGGGCAAGCCCCAACUGCAAGAACAGACAAUGGGGACAUUGUGUCAGAGGUUAAGGCACUGAAAAAUACCUUCCCCUUGACAGAGCCAGGGUCUGUUGUGGUCUGCCAAAGCAGUGGCAGUGAUAUCGAUGCGUGUGACUCUGACUUAAGCACUGAAAGUAAUACUAAUAAAAGCAGUCAGCCAGCCGGAUUGGUAACCAAUGAAAAUAUUGGACAGCUGAAGCAAUCCCAUGACAUUCCAGCAUCCACAGAACAACACAUUCGUGGGCAGAGGGAUGUAACUGGUGGAGAAACUACUGAAAAAACUUCCCAGAGCACUGGAAGAGCAGACGUGACUGAUGAAAUACCGACAAAUCUGAAUGCCACGGGAUCAGUGAAAAUAGACAGGGAACUCACUGCAGACACAAAUGGCAAGAGUGCACAUGUGAGCACAGCUGUAGUACAGACUCAUAACGUGUCAGACACAACACCUAGUCAACAUUCUGGCAACACCGGUGUGAGUGCAUAUUUGCAAUGUGCAGAGACUGAAGCAAAGCAUCAGGCCAUCAGCGAGGGUACUGCCGAGCAGCCAAGCGAAAGAAAGAGACAAGUUCGUGACGAGUCAGAGGAAACAGGUGUCCACCGAUCUAGCGAGCGGUUACGGUGUGAAGCUCAAGCAGUUGGGAGAAAUGCUUCAUCAGACGUAGCAAGCAGCAUUUCAGGAUCAGUAGAUGCGGAUUUGGCCCGUCCCCCCAAACUUGAAAAGCGCGAUACCAGAACAUUGAUCAUCACCACUGAGGAUGAGAUCAUUUCAGUUGAGAUGGAGAGUAUUCAUGAUAAAAGAGACCCAUUGCCUUUGGCAACACUUGAAGCCGAUUCAACCCCUAAGCCUCAUUUCAACAACGGUGAUUCCAAACCAAAUGUAGAAGCUCUACAGAAAGUAAAUGCAAUGUGCAUCAAAGAGAUUGAUACUGAGCAAACGCAGGACAAAUUUCAAGGAAGCAUGCUCACGUCAGUAUCAAAUGGAGUGCACACUAUCGGUGAAGUGGGUCCUUUUACAACCCUUGGCAAUUGUACUGACACACAAAACUCAGACAUUCCGAGUCACUCAGACAGUCCGAGUCAUCAGCCGUCAUCUGACACCUCAGAGGGUGAUGGCAUGGGGGCCCAGAGGGGUACAACACAGGAUCCUAAUUUGGACACCGAAGACAUUAAUGUAGCCAUAAUGACAGAUUCAUUCAAAACCGAGGGGCCUCAUGACCCAGGCGGGCAAAUCCCCACGGCGAGAACCAAAGAUUGUGCUGAGGGAGUGAUCCCAUUGAAUAUUACUGAAGCGGAGCAGCAAGGCACGGGUAUUGCAGAGGAAAUAGCCAUGGCAGACAGCAAGACAAAUCCGGUAGUCUCAUUUGCUUCAGCAGAUGUUCAUAAUGCAGUUUUCAAGGAGAGUGAGGAAGACGCAGAACGUUCAGAUGAAGGUGCAGGAGAAACUGACAACCACUCCGAUAUGGGGUCAGUGUCAUCUGUUGGGCAGGACGGGGAAGAGAUCAUAAACAGCUCACCAAUUUCUGCUGCCGAGCCCCGUCUCAGCACAUCUGUGCCUGAGAGGCCUCUAUCCCUCACAUUGGAAUCCUUCAGUCAACUGUUGUUCUGGAAAUCAAGUCUUCCCAUGCUCACACUGGAAGAAAUAGCUGUCAUCUCAACAGAGCCUGAAGACUCAAAAGGAGAUCCCAGUGAACAAAAAACUGGUCAGACCACCGGCACCCUAAACAAUGAUUCAAGCACAGAAGCAAGUCAGCAUCGGUUCCUCUUAAAAUAUGCACCAGACUUGGCCUUACCUAUCCCAACCAGAACCACGGUUCCCUCAAAAACGCCCACCAUUGAAGGCAAUCAGGAGGCAUCCCAUGAGCUGAAUAUACAGGUACCUAAAUCUCCCAUCGUUAUCAGCCCAUCAGAUCAAGGAACUUUAAAGGACAGCAACACCAGCACCCCUAGCACUUCCAGUGGUGAGUUUGGGCAGUUGAUGAUCCCAUCUGUGGCUAGAUUGCGGGAGAGGGAUAGUUAUUUUGGUGCCGAAAGUCCCAGUGAGUACUUUGACUGCCGUUCGGAACUCAACGACAGUAAGGACGCUCUGGAUGAUAUUGUCAGUGAUGAAUUGUCAGAAUCCAUGAAGGGGUCUCUCAACUUAGCAGGAUCAAGCCCCGCUGCUGUGUUUCCUUCACAACACCAGACUGAGGCUGAAGGUGGAGGGGCAGCAACGAGGGCGAAUGAGAGUAGUACCAGGGAACGGGCAGUUGCUGAGCCUUUGCCCUUUGAGGCUGAGAGUGGCUCGCCGAAGCGCAGAUCAAAGAGUAUGUCAUCCCUGUCGGGCCACAAGAGGAAAAAAUUCACAGGGGACGAAGGGGAGGAAUCGAGUCCCGCGUGUGCAUUUGAAACCGAGGAUGCCUCAUCCAAAUUCCCACAGUGGAGGGACUUCAUAACAAGAGUGCCACCAGUGGCCAAGCUCUUUUCCUUCUCUGACAAGUGGCAGACGCCCCUGAAGACGCGGUCCAUCUCCUUCGAUGAGUCCACACACCUCGCGCAUCAGCUCACGGAGAGCGAACAAGCCACCAGAAUUGACUCAGAGCCCCCAGCAAGCAUGAGCCAUGCCUCAAACACAACCGUUAGACCUCAGAGUGAUCCGAAACGUUCCAAAGUGCAUUUUGAGGCAAGUCCACUGGCAGUCUCCUCUCCCACCGGAUCCUCAAAACAGGAAGGAGGACUAAAAAGACCGGAGACGCUCUUCACAUUUUCUGCCCAGCCUGCAGCUAAAGAACAUGGCUUUCCACAGCGGCAGCGCAUGACGCGGAGCAGGUCAGACGGUCGUCUGUGGCGGGAACUUUCCCCACUGACCUCGCCUUACUCAUCUCCAGUGAGAAGUCCAAAGAUUCUGUCACCCAGAAAGUCCAUGCUGAUCAGCCCAGAGAGGGAAAAACAUGCCAAGCUGGACUUCAAGAUCAACUUCAAAGAUCAAGAAAACUUCACUGGUCGUAGGCUAGUGGACUGGCUGUGCUCAACAAUGAUCAGCCCCAGUCCCGACGAGGCCACGCCCUCCUCUGCCGUCACCUCUCCAUCCUCUGAGGGCCGCGCAUCCAUUUUGCUUCUGUGUUCUUGCCUUCUGGAUAUAGGAGUCAUACAACCCCUGGAGGCAGAAACCGGCACUGACAAAUUCAAGUUGGAUGCCAUGUACUGCUGGGCCCAGCAUGCCCAGCACUCGGGCCAUCCAAACGGCAUCCCAAUCGCAUCCUCCCCGGGCAAGCUGGAACCCAUCUGGCCCCCUCCCAAGCAGGAAGAAGGGGCAUCACAUCAACACGGUCUCAAGUACACAGAGGCAGAACACCAGCAAUACAUCAUGGGACUGAAGAGGGAACAUAAUGAUGCACUGAAGAAAAUAGAGAUGGAGCACGAACUAGCCAUGUUUGAGUUGCGAGGGGAGCAAGCAGCCAGGCUGUGUUCCUUGGAGGAACAGCUCAACACCCUGCAGGAUUCCCUGCGGUAUGGGGAAAGCACCCAGCAACCGAGCAGCAAUGCUCAGACGAAAGUCCUGAUGGAUGUCGGGGUGAAUACGGACUGGAUCGACUGCAGCAGGCAGGCACUGCAGAAGCAGAUUGAACUCUUUGAGGAGCUGCAGGAUUCAGGUGGUGGGAGGGCAGUGCCUCCCCCUCCCCCACCCCCACCGGUACCCUUGGUGGAUCCUCAGAGUGCGCCCGUUCCACCCCCACCUCCUAGCCUGGCAGGGCUUCCUACACCACCAGGAGGUGCAGUUGUACCACCUCCACCAGGUGGGAUACCUUCACCACCACCACCACCACCCCCACCCCCUUUGGCAGGCAGUGUACCACCACCUCCCCCACCCCCAGUCCCAGGUGCCUCUGGCGGCGUCAUGCCCCCUCCACCUCCCCCACCGCCAGGAAGCCUUAUCAUUCCCACUGGUCCCCACUCCUCCCAGUCAUCCAUUGGUACCCCCUUAACCCCCAAGGGGCCAGCCAAGAAUGCGAUUGAACCCAAGGUUCCUAUGAAGCCGCUCUACUGGAAUCGCAUACAGCUUCACAAAUUGCCUACUUCAGAGACAAAAGAUCGUCAUAAUGUGAUAUGGAGUCAGCUUGAUGAGCCGCCCAUCUCCCCUGAUGAGCUGGAGGAGCUGUUCUGUAAGAAGCUGACCCAGAAGAAAAGGCCACUGGCCGACUCCUUUGACAAACCCAAGGCUCGCAAGGCUGUUAAGCUAUUGGAUGGCAAGCGGUCCCAGGCAGUCGGUAUCUUCAUGUCCAGCCUCCAUGUUGAAAUGUCUGACAUCAGCCAGUCUGUGUUAAACAUGGACACAACCAUCUUAGAUCUGGAGAAUUUAGAGUCCCUGUACGAAAUUAGACACCAAGAUGAUGAGUUGGCCAAGAUCAAGGCGCAUCUGGACAAGGAAACAGACCAGCCACUUGAUAAGCCAGAACAGUUUUUGUACGAGUUGUCUCAGAUUCCAGGCUUUGCAGACAGGGUUUACUGCAUGACAUUCCAAGCCUCCUUCAGUGAGAACCUGACCAUUCUCAAGACCAAGCUGGGUAAUGUGCAAUGUGUGUGUGAGGUACUGCUUACCAGUGACGGGGUCAAGAAGAUUCUGGGCCUCAUUUUGGCGUUUGGCAACUACAUGAAUGGAGGCAACAGGACCAGGGGACAGGCGGACGGAUUUGGUCUGGACAUACUGGCCAAGCUGAAAGAUGUCAAGAGCAUGGAUAACAAGAUUUCCCUGCUGCAGUAUAUUGUUACCUACUAUGUGGAGAAAGUGGAUGAGCAUUCUGGAACAGAGCAAGCACGCUUCCCCUUGCCGGAGCCCAGUAAGAUCAACCAGGCUACUCUGGUGAAGUUUGAAGAUCUCACCAAGGACCUUGGCAAAAUCAAGCGGGAUUUAAAAGGUUGUGAGGGGAAAAUGGUCAAGGUCUUGAAAACUUCAGCCGAGGAGCAUCUCCAGCCCUUCAAGGACAAGAUGGAAGCCUUCUUGGAGCACGCAAAAGAGGAGGUUGGCACCACGGAGGAUAAACUUCGAGAAACCAUUUCAAAGUUUGAUUUCCUGGCCUCGUCGUACUGUGUCAAGCCCAAGUCGAGCGAGGAGCUCACCCCCAGCUACCUGUUUGGUCUCUGGGCCCCGCUGUGCCGAGACUUCAAAGAUCUCUGGAAGAAGGAACAACAAGGAGUAGCCAAACGGAGGUUGCGAGAGGCGCAGGAGAAAGUGAAACAAAAGCAGGAAGAGAAGAGGAGCUCUGUUAUUGUCAAGAAGGGAAGCAAGAAGGCUGGGGGCCUGAAAGCCAAGUUAGCAGCCAAAGCAAGCACAGCAAGUAAAACAUAGCACUCCUAAAGCAAGGUUGCUGGUACAUCACAGAACCUAAGGUCUAGUGAGUAUGUGCCUCAUGGUGUUACAGAAUUCUCCUCCGCCAUGUGAAGUCAAGAUGUUUGUCAAUUGUGUGCAGCAGAAUUGUUGUCCCAGUGUGUGGUACACUUGGAAAUGGGGGGAGGGGGCAUUCUAUUAGGCCCACCCGGCUCUGUUGCCGUCUGUUGGACCCACCUGGCUAUGUUGCCGUCCCUCUGCAUCUUCUGUGGUUGUAUGGGUAACAAUUGCCACACAGUGAUGACUUAAUAGUCUAGUUUCCCUUUGUCUUUCAGGAAGAGAUUCAAGUUUAAGUACUUAUUCCAAGUUAUUUGUUUCUGGUUGUGAGUCGACAGUUGUGAGGGAUUCUGUGUCUUUGUAUUGAGUAACUUGUAUUUGAGUUUUUGAUUUCCAUGUUUUGCUUGUUUUCUAUGCAAACAUAUCUAUUGUAUAAAAGCAGGUGUAUUGUUUGACGGUAACACAUAGUUAGGAUUGGACCACCUUUUUGGCCGACUCAAUCAUACAUGCCAAAGUUUGGCCAGAAAUGACAGCCUGCAUGCUGUCUUGUGAUAGCUUUUAAGUUACAAUGGUCUGUUGAAUGAAUACUUUUUAGUUAGGAACCCUAGUUCAAGAAGAUAUAUAGUGCAAUUUUUUUUUAAAUAGAAGCUUCUAUAAUCAUGCAGGAACAAAAGAUAUGCAGUACACACAAAAUUUUCUGUCUAAAGGUAUUUGGUCAAAGUGUAUGCCAUCCACUUGGAAAUUUAUCCUGGAAAAAGCUUGCCUGAAAGUUACCCUUAACUGACUUGAAAACCCCCUGUACUUUCUAGUGCAGUGUUUCCACAUGGAAAUGUGUUGUCCGUUGUUGUCGCUCAAUAUAACAAUCGGUUUGGGGUGAUGUCGUUGAACACGUGCUCAGUACUUUACAUGGAUGAUACUUGUACUAUUUUGAAGUGGUCUGCAAGUCGGCAGUGAAUGAAAAACAAGGAAGAAGUUCUCAGUCAGUGGGUUUUGAUUUGAACUUGAGCUCCAAGUUCAUGUUAGUCAUCAAAAGUGUUUAAUAUCAGCAAGAACCAUUGGCAUAGUCGGGCUCUUCUCAGAGGGGGGCGGUUAAAGGGUAACAUGGCAAUUUUUUGGGGGGGGGGUGGAAUUCAAUUUGAUCCAGGUCCUGAAAUAGGUGUUUUUCCACACUGAACAUGUAUCAGCACUCAACAGGUGGCAUAAUGAAAGCCUCCCCUCUCCCAAAUUAUAUUUUUAUAAUAAUAAACAUGCCACUAGCAAGAACAUACAUGUACAUGCAAGUGCAGUUUACAUUCCCACUAUGGUUGGUUUGUUAGAUUAGAAUGGCCAUUGACUAGUAGUUUGUAUUCCUCUUGGUCUUUCGCUGCAUAUUUCAAGUCACAUAUUCUUUUUGUUCCCAUUAUAAUCCAAAAAUAUAUAACCCCAGAGUAUGAACAUUGUGCAUUGAACCAUUGUUGUCAUUGUAGUCAAGAUUAUACUUAAAUACGUUGUAUAUCACAUAUACAGAGUUAAAGAACAAAACCAUUGCUUUAUAUGUAACAAAAAUUCAACUGGGCUACAUUUAAGCGUGCAUUCAUCAAACAUCUCUUUAAGCAAAAUAAGAUAUUGUAUUUUUCAACUCAAAUCGUAACUAGCGUUUUUUUUCCUUUUGUAUGUUUUAUUUUUAUAUAUUUUUUUUUACCAAGGAUUAACAUUCCAUCCGUAUUUUAUAGGAAUAGUUUGUGUAGUAUUGUCUCUCUGUUGAGAUCCACAUUUUGUAUCGCGGGAAAUGUACUUGUACUUGUGAGCAAUAAGUGUUUGUACUGUCCAUGAUGUAGGCUUUUGCACAGCAAUACCCUUCAAAUGCUGCAAUUUAAAAAUCUGAAUAUUCCUAUGAAGUUGAGAGUCCACUAUACCGAUUCGAGACAAAAUAUCACGUGUCUGGUGAAUGUCUUGCCUCGGACCUUCCUUCCUAUCAUCUACCUAUGACAUCAGAGCCCUCUGUCCUUAACCACUUUGAAAUGGUGUUCCACAAGGAACUUGUCCCAGGCAUGGUAUUUUUCUUCGUUGAAAAUCCAUUUACCAACCUUUUAAAAAAACGAAACAAUUCUGCAACCACAGUCCCUGUACAAAGUUUGAGCUUACCAAAUUCUGACAAUUGGUGGUUGCUUGAUCCAGAUUUCUGCUAUGUGUGACAUUUCCUUCUGCACUGUUGUUUUUUUUUAUACACCUCGAGAGAAUGCGACAUAGUGAUAUAUGCUACAGUACCCAGCUGUGGUACAUAGAUGCUUGAGGGUUAUGUGUGGUACACCGCCAUAGAGUAGUUAAGGACUCUCUGUAUGUAUGAAAACAAAAGGAAUCACUCAAGCAUGGGAACAAGUAGAAAUAUUGUCCACGACUGCAUCCAGAAAGUACCAUGGCUUGUUUAAAAGUUCCUUUUGUGACUGACUCAGAAACUCCCUUGCAUGUCCACAUGUCGUUGGGUAUAAGCCAUUAUUAAACUGUGGUUUAGGGGUAAUCAUUUCCCCACUUGUAUCUGGCCCAAACAGGCUCCCUCGGAGAAAGUCUCAUCAGUUACAUCAGACAUCUUUGAGAUUCCUUAUUUGCCCCCCUUCCAACUUUCAUCACCUGUGACUUCCAAAUUAAGUAUAACAGUACUCAUUCCUUAAAAACUGUGGUUUUGAAGAAGUUAUUCCCCAGUGUGUAUCUUGUGCAUAUUGGCUAUAUCUCUGUGGGGAAAAUGUCUCCUCAAAUUGUUUAUUAAAUAUUUUAUGUUUCUGAAUCGCAACUCCAAUGGACUGAAGAGUGAACACCCCCCCAGCAGCUGGCACAUCCAAUAACUCUCUAGCCACUCCAUUCACGCAAACCUCAUAUCCCAGGGAGUAAAAUUUAUGUCAGUUUGGGCCAUUUCCAUCAAUAUUUGUAUGACCAUUUCAUGCAUGGGUUAGAGCCGACAGUCUGAUGUUAGCCAGCCCUGGGAAUGCCACCUGUCAUAUUUUCCCUCUGCCGGGCAAGGACGUUAGAUGUGUUACAGCCCUCCAGUGUGCUGUGGUAGAGUCACCAUGUCUGGCCUGCCAAUUGUCACUUGUGGAAGGGCUUGUCUGAGUAGUAGCAAUAAUGGCUUGUCGGCUUGUAGGUGGAAGGGCGGCAUGUUUCAAUGGUGUUAAUUGGAUAAUUUGAAAGUAUUUCAUUUUUUUAUGAGGGUUGUGAUUUCAUGGAUUACUGUUGAGCUUCCCCUUGACGCCCAACCUAAUCUGGUUGGAAAAUGCUGUGUCCAAAUGCUUUUAGAAUUUGGCCCACUUAAGUAGGGUUACAGUGAUGAAAAAGUAUUCAUAUGUAUGUACUAUUAGAAAUCCAGAUCAGUUUCAUUCAUGACAGGACUUAUUAUCAUUAGAGCUUUUUCUGUCUGUGGGCAAAAAGGGUUCCCUUGUUUUUUCUUCAGACUUCUAUAAAAGUCAUGUCACCAUGGUGUUGAAAUAACUCCAGCCAACUACAUGUUUUUAGUCUUUUGUUUCUGAAAAACAACAUACAAAAUACAUUACCUGAAUAAGGUUCUAGAUGUUUGGGGGGAUGAGUAUUGAUGGGAGGGGGUGGGGAAAGCCUGGAAACUAAGCAAAAAAUUUUAAAUGAAAAAAAGGGAAAGAAAAGAAACAGAAAAGAAGAAAGAAACAUGAAAACUGCCAGUGUCUGAUAAAAGUACCUUGGAAACACCCCCUUAGUCUGCUUUGUUGACUGCUUUGCUCCCUCCCCCUUAAGUGAGCCACUCCCAAAUCCUGGCUGCGCCCUUGGUUUGGGGUAAAGCUCAGAAUGGAAGCUUAUUUUGUGGUCCCUUAAACAGAAGAAAGCACCAAGUUAUGCUUAUUUUUUUGUAGUCCUUUGAUGGAGGAGACAUCUGCCAAGUAGUCACCGAGGAAUUUCCCACCUUUUGUUCCACGCUUCUCAGCCUGUCCUCUAAACAGCUGCCCAUCACUUAUCACAAAUAGUUGUAAAAAUAUCCAUUUUCCUGCCCCCCCCCACACACACAAAACAAAAAUGAUAGAUUGUGCACUGGUGGUCCCGGGUUAUACAUUCAGUUAUACCAGGGUUCUGUUGCAUGCACGCUUUUUUAGUGAUUUAGUGUCCGGUGGCUGUUUUGAUACCAUUGUCUUAAAUCAACCAGCUACUGAUUUUGAUAUUCUUUGAUAGGCCAUUCAUUUCCACGGUUUCUACUGAGAAUAGAAUUGUUGCCCUGUCUUGUACUUUGUAUAAAAGACGCAAUGUUUUUGCUAAGCAAGGAUCAUUUGUUGUGAUAAAAGUUCAGCUGCUGAGUUGACAGGAGCAGUGCAACUUCAUAUGUCCUUGCAGGUAUCCAUUGAAUUUGUAAUUCCCUGCCUCAGGGAGAGUGUAAAUGUUCAAAAGCAGGGUCAAGCGGAAAAUGUUCCUGCUGAGGGUUUUGCCUGAGAAAAACUGAGCAGUCAUCUCCCCUAAACUAUCCAGGAUUUCUUAAUUUUUCUGUAUAAACGCCAGCUUUAAGCAAAUGUGAACUUAAUGAGGAACAUGAACAUUGGCCAGUUGAUCGGAUUAGCCGAGAAGGCCCUACUCUGAUGUGUGACGGUCGUCAUACAGAGGUUGAUAAAUGGAUUUGCUUCAAGUAUCUUAACUGCCUGUUCUACAGAGCCAUGGUAAUACAUUGCUUGCGGUUGGGUUCUCAGUUGAACUGUUGCUUAAAAGUUUACUUUUCAGUAUUCUGUAGUGAGGCACUUAGUGAAGUCAGGCUCUGGGUGCAUGUCUUACCGGCUUUGUAUUGUAAUCAGCUCCACGUAGUUAAUAAUGCCAGGUAGUAGUUUCUAAACUGAAAGUUACUGUUUCUGAAGCAUUGCCAAAGAAUGGUAAAUAUUUUAAUGACUUAUUUCAGAUGGUAUUUGUACUGGGAAAAAAAAAUGCUUUGAAACACAACAAAGUCACCGCAUGCAUUUUUGUUCCCAGAAAUUCUUGUGGCACUAGCAGUGCUGGCCUCUUGUCCAAAAGUUUCACCAGUACUUUCAAGAAAUUUUAAAAAAGGAGAGGAAAAAAAAAAAAGAUUUGACAUACACGGCCACUUCAACCAAAGGCCUUCCCAUGUCUGGCUCCCGGUAGCUUGUCCCAGCUUUGAUUAUCCGACUUCCGUUAAUUGAGUUGUGAAAACACUCCCAAAAGACUUGAAAGGCCGGUUCCCGACUGGUAUUCCUGCCUGUUACCCCCCCCAUACAUGCAUGUAUACCUCUGGUGCUUCAGUGGUAUGUAGACCGGCUUACCCUGGCGACAGUGCUGUGGCGCCGGUUUGUUUUUCUUGCAACAGUUGGCAGGUCCUUACUUUUUUCCCUGUGUCUCUCUCUCCUCUGUCUCACAUACACUCGGCAUUGGUUUACAUCCUGAAUGUUGUUAUUACGGUUGUGCUGUAUGAUUGCAGGUACCUGGGGAAUACCCAGUGGAUGACUUUCAAAAGCAGUUGAUGCUGGAGCGAUGCCCUCUUCCCCCCCCUUAGGUUUAUCAGACAGCAAAUCUUUCAACUGUCGCAGUUGUUGAUGAGCUUAAAGGGAAGUUGUUGGCAUUCUCAGGCAUCUGUGAUUGGGCUCACUGGAUGAGGCUGUAAUAGUUCAAAAUCAGUACACCCCCUUCCCUGUACAUUUACCUCAGGGACGUGUGGGCAGGCCUUCACCCCAUUAUCAUUAACGAGACAACUUCCUUUGGGACCGAGUGUUGGUUACAUUUCUCUGUCCCCGCAAAAUGAGUGUAAUGACUUGUGUUGAUCCCCACAUCUACGGAACACGUAUGAUUGAGCUUGAGUGUCUGUACAGAUCAGGCACAUAUAUAGGGAGUACAUGUACUUGCAAAAUUAAACCAUUUCCACAAUUGACCCUGAGCCAUGUUGCUUCUCAUGCGCCAUGCUUUUUCUUCCAAGCAAUCUGAAGAACUGCAUGACCUUAGCAUAAUGUGUUACUUGCACCAUGAAAUGACCUAUCUUGGCAAGUACACAGUACGAACUUAGUGGUCUUGUGCACAUGAAGUAUAUGCAGGGUAAUUUACAUUGUGAUGUACACUCACAUCACAAAUGGAAUGGAAAACUGCCAUGUUGGGAUCUUUAUUAUUUGCUAUUGUUUGCACAAAUUGGUGCCACUGGAUACAUGACAAUACUCUAGUUUGUUACUUUGAUGAGCCAUGUUCCAUGUUAUUUCACGAAUUAGGUAUGUGCCCUCCCACCCUCAGGAAGAAUCUACGAUCUUUAACAUCAACUCCACUAUCUCCCUAUCAGGAAAUUUCUUGCAAAGAGGUUCCCCACAGAACUCAAUCAACAGCAGUGAGAAUUGAACCCGGGACCCAUUAACCAUAGUCCUAGGGAAAAAAUCACCAUUGCUAGUUUGAUGUUCCAACCCCAAGUCUUAUUGCGUUCUUUAUUCAAAUAUUUAGUAUCUUCAGAUAUACAAUCUGGAGUAUUAUAUGUACCAUAUUUGGACAGCCUAUUACGUUACAAUCUCGCACAAUCUGACCAAUCACAAGGCUUGUUCUAGCUGCCUGCAACAGAUUGCAUGGGUGUUACCAUGUUACAGGGUGCUUUUCUUACAUGUUGCAGCAUAUGGAGCCAAAAAAAAUUCAAUUACAAAUAUUUGAUUUGCUGCGCAAAAAAUCCUGACUACAAACAAAAACUAGAAG